AUGACUUCCUCAAUGGACCCCUACAAGAUGCUCUACCUUGGGUAUUACAGCAGUCCCUGGUCCGACUAUUGGCUAGGCAUGACGUGCUCGAAGGAAUCUGCGGGCGGCCAGUUCUUGGCCACUUGGGGCCAUUCACUCAACUUUCCCGACUACAAGAUCAACCUCACAUCUCUCUUUUGCGAAACCAACUACUACAAACAGGCUGUCAACGCCACAGUCAGUUCGGUCGAUUAUGUCCCACUGGAGGAUUCGGUUGUGCCGCUGGGUCCUCGGGAACGAAUUGAAGAGACGGAGUUUAACAUUACGGCCUUCGAGCGUUUGAUCAGCUCUGGUCUUUCUGUCAGCGAUGUUACUCCUGCGCUCCAGGAAAAAGUCGUGAGAGACUAUCCUUUUGAGCAUCUAUUGGAGCAGCAUCAACAGGUGGCGGAUCUCGGUGUCAUGUGGCCCAUGACGCCAAUGACUGGCUUUGCCAUAGGAUCCCACAAGAACGUUACCAGCCUGGAAUUCUUCAGGGACGAGGCCGUCUUGGGCGAAGCUUUCAACUCGACGCAUAAGAUGCUUUUCAAUCUUGCACUGCGUCGUGUUCUUGAUAACGUUACAGUAGCAGGACUGUCCGAAGGCAACGUGGACUUUAUCUUACACGGUAUCAUCGUGAGCCGCCUCUUUUCCGCAAUCGUCGAAAGUUUCCUAGGUCUGGUCGGGUUUUUCACGAUUCUCCUUUGGUGGCAUGGACACAGGGCAACCAGCAGGUUGACCAUGGAUCCUGCGUCCCUGGGAUCUCUCAUCAGUCUAUGCAAAAACAGCCCGAUGCUGCUCGAAAGGUUUGCAGGGAAAGGUGCUCUAUCCGAAGAAGCUCUGAAGCAAGUAUUUACGGACCAAAGAUUCAAGCUUUUCUCUGUCGGACUUGGUGGUCUGUUCAACGAAGAACCGAUCGCGAUCGAGCAUCCUCAUGAAUUCCAACAGUCGAUCAUGCCCAGGCUCAAUAACGAAUCGGUUUACAACUUUAGCAAUCCCAUCGCACCGUACGAGAUACCGUUUCUGAUUACUAUGAAUAACGUAACCCAGAACACUCCCUUGACCCGUUGGGUUAGCCAUGAGUAUUUCUUUCAGCCAUUCAAAGUCAUUCCGAAUGACACUGCGCCGGCGAAUACCUACUCCGCGCGAACCACGGGUUUCGGAGUCAACCCAUCCUGCUCCGACAUGGGUACAUUCAAGACGCGAGGGAAUGCACCAGAAGUCAACUACACGAUAACGAGGAAUGGGGAGGUUGUACAGGGAUGUCCGAGCAACUUCACGACGAAAGUUCUUGACUUGAACACGACGAUAUAUAAGGACCUUACUGGACAGGCAUCGGCAGAGUACGUUUCAAUUAUGAACAAGGACAUCACUGAUCUUACGAUCUGCCAAGUCCCGGUCAUGUUCGGCUGGUCAAGGAGUGCCCAGGCCGCAAAUAAGACUGGGGAGAUGGAAACUUGGGCCGUCGUUUGUGAUCCGGUGUUUACAACGGCCAUGUUUGACGUGACGGUGGAUUCAGAUGGAUACGUCAUCAGCUCGUCCCAAGUCUCCGAAUCGUCGCCGACACUCGACUACCCGCUCUCGACGAACCACACCGAUAUGAUGAUUACCAUCAUCAACAGCUUGUUCACAACCAACAAGAACAAGUGGCAUAACGAUACCUUUGCGCGAGACUGGAUCAACUACCUCCUCAAAAUUCAGCCAGGCCACGCCGACCUGCUCGACCCGAAGUCCACGCCGGACAUCCCCUCCCUGAUCCCCGACCUCGAAGCCUUGUAUCGCCAGAUCUACGUCCUCGCUCUCGGAAAUACCCAGCAGAACCUCUGGGAAAUGUACCCUGAGCCGGUAACAAUUACUGGCAUCCGACACGUCACCGAGACGCGCAUAUUCAUGAAUACCACCGCUCUCGCCAUCAGUCUGGCAGUAUUGGGUAUCAACAUCGCUGUCGCUAUCGCUCUCUAUGGCCUCGCUAUAAAGCAUUUCCUACCACGAAUGCCGACGACCAUCGGGUCGAUCCUAGCUUACCUCGCGCCCAGUAGGGCUGUGCGUGAGUACGACGGCCCCGGGAGCCUUCAGAGUGCGACUUUCAGCUUCGGUCGGUAUGUCGCGGAGGAUGGACGCGCACACGUGGGCAUUGAGCUCGACCCGUUCGUUGUGCCUGUGAAACUAUCAGCGCUGCGGAAGGGCGACACAGAACCAAGGAAUGGGCUGCUGAGACGGGUUCUGGGCCGACGGAAAGUGGAACGGGGAGAUGAGACGUGGUUAUGA